GAGAACCGGGGAGAAAAAGUACAGUUUGUUGAUGCCUUUUGGGAGAAAAAGCGACAGACGAAUAAGUUUUUGUGGACACAGCAUCGCUGGGAUCUUUUGGGAGAAGGCUCAGUGUGUGUGUGUGUGUGUGUGUGAGAGAGAGAGAGUGUGUGUGAGUGUGUGGAAGACCAACACGUACCCACGCGCUCACACUUGCCGAACCUGAGUGAGAGAGGGAGAGAGAGAGAGAGAGAGAGAGAGAGAGAGAGCGACUGAGCGAGAGAGCGAGCGAGAGAGAGAGAGAACGAGAGAGAGAGGCUGUGGAAGCUCACCCUGUUUUUGUCCAGAAGAAAAAGUUGCUGAGGGAACGACAGGUAACUUUUUUUUAUUGUUAUUAUUAUUGGGCAGCACUACCUCUCCUCGCCCUGUUUGGUUCACAUUUCACCUGCUCGGGAGCGCCGACUAAACAGCCGUUCCUGAUGUAUAACAUGAUGGAGACUGAACUGAAAACCCCGGCCCCCCAGAGCAACGCGGGGGGCACGGGCAACAGCAACACGCCCGGCAGCAACCAGAAAAACAGUCCGGAGCGGGUCAAGAGACCCAUGAACGCCUUCAUGGUGUGGUCCCGGGGCCAGAGGAGGAAGAUGGCACAAGAGAACCCCAAGAUGCACAACUCAGAGAUCAGCAAAAGACUCGGUGCUGAGUGGAAACUUCUGUCGGAAAGCGAGAAAAGACCUUUCAUCGACGAAGCCAAGAGGUUGCGGGCCCUACACAUGAAGGAGCAUCCUGACUACAAGUACCGGCCUCGGCGGAAGACCAAGACGCUGAUGAAGAAGGACAAGUACACCCUGCCCGGUGGGCUGCUCGCCCCGGGCGGCAACGGGAUGGGCGCCGGGGUCGGCGUGGGCGGCAGCCUGGGCGGCGGGGUGAACCAGCGCAUGGACACUUACGCCGCUCACAUGAACGGCUGGACCAACGGCGGCUACGGCAUGAUGCAGGAGCAGCUCAGCUACCAGCACCCCGGGCUCAACGCGCACAACCCGGGCCAGAUGCAGUCCAUGCACCGCUACGACAUGAGCGCCCUGCAGUACAACACCAUGACCAGCUCCCAGAGCUACAUGAACGGCUCCCCGACCUAUUCCAUGUCCUACUCCCAGCAAACGGCGCCCGGCAUGACCGCUCUUGGCUCAAUGGGGCCCUCGUCGGUAGUCAAAUCCGAGUCCAGCAGUUCCAGCCCGCCGAUCGUCACCUCGUCCUCCCACCGGGCCGCCCCGGGCUGCCAAAGCGGGGAUCUGAGGGACAUGAUCAGUAUGUACCUGCCCGGGGCGGAGGUCAGCGAGCAGACUGCCCAGACCAGACUACACAUGUCCGGCCACUACCAGAGCGCCGUGCCUGGGACCGCGAUCAACGGCACGCUGCCCUUAACGCACAUGUAAGACACGAAAUACGUGCUGUACGAAACAGAAAGAAAAGCAAACUAACUUUUAUAAAACAAACUGUGGACUACUUCGCGUUGGACUAUUUUUGUACAGAAAAAAAAUUGGGGUGGGGAAAAUUGUAUAGAAGUCAC